CAAUUACUUGAUAUUUUCAAAUUAUUAGCUGGGGAGUAACAGAACUGCAUCAAUCAAGUAUGAGACGGAACAAAAGUCGAAUUUUUUUACAAGGGCUUCAUCUCCUCUUUCAGCGCUAUCCAACUCUGUCGUCUCGGUCCUCCGGCUCACACCGCCUCAGUCUCGGGACCCCCCGCGCGCCUCCAUCCAGCCAUUUAGCACAACCGCCUCACGCCUUCGCCCAGCACAACCGCCUCAUGCCUCUGCCAGCAAGGCUGCCUCACACCUCCACAAAAAACCCAAACUAUGAUUGACUGCGCCUGGCAAAUUGAGGUGGACGGUGGCUUCUGCUUUUGUGGCUAGUUGAGCCGAUCUUGGGAGAUGACGAUGAUGAGUUUAGCGAUGGACGACGAUAUGUGACGAGGAUGACCAACGGCGGAACUAGGCGCUUCAGGAUGUUAUGGUGUGAUGUCUGUUAAUGUUGAAGAUGAAUUUAAAAAGUUUCAAAAGGAGCUCAAGCAGGCUGAGCAAGAGAUCAAUGAUGAUACAUACAGACCAUCCACCCCACCUGAGGGUGAAGAGGAAUUCACUGAUGAUGAUGGUACAGAAUACAAGUGGGAUAAGGUUAUUAGGGCUUGGGUUCCUCAGGUUGACUAUUUGAACCUAAACACUUGUUUAAGUGAUUGUAUAAUGCAGCCACUCCCUUCAUUCCAAAAUAACCAUCCUGUGAGGAAAAUUUGCCGUUUUAUGGUGAUAAUAAUUCCUUUCCUAAAUUGACAAACUUGCCACUGUUAUUUUCUAGAUAUUAAAGGUAACAAGUAAAAAUGAAAUGUAUAUGGAGGGAAAAUGGGAAAUGUAGUCAUUUACUAUGUUUUAUUACAUCGGUUUGCUUAAUGGACAUUUAUUUUUGAACUAUUUUCUUUAGCUAAUGGACACUUAUUUAAGAACAACAGGAGUAUCUUGUAAGGCUCUAACUUUGCUUUUUAGAAGAAAAAAAAUAUUGUCCUCUCUAGACUCUAGGUGACUGUAUGCAUAAUGAUAUAUUGUCAUUAAUUCAUCAUUUGUACAACUUUGUAGCAUUAGCUAUUUAGAUUUUGUGUGUGAUCUCGAUGCUAUAAAAUGAUUAAAUGAGACGCAACUCUAAUAGGAAACUUAAUCUGAAAGAAAUAUGUAUGGUAUGGAAGACAUGGUUUUUGUCAAGGAGGAAGAAGUCUUUCCAACCAUAGAAACAUAUGAUUUUCUUGAAAAGAAAGUUGAGGAUAAUGGAAAAGGGAACAUCUUUACUACUAGUCAUGCUGCUGCUGCUACUACUACAGAGGAUAUCAAAGAGUAUACUGAUACAUCGAGGGAAACAAGUAAUAACAAGAGAAAGCUGCCUGAGGAAACUUCUGAAAAGAAGGUUGCCAUUCAUGAAGCAAUGGAACAGCAAACAAUAAGAAUUACAAAAGCUAGUAUUCAAGCAACACUAAAUGCUCGAACAUCAAUUUUAGCUGCUGCCAACCCCACUGGAGGCUGGUAUGAAAGGUACUUUUUAUGCUUUGUACAACAAUUUCCUUAAUGUCAAUUUACCCAUUAUUUUUUCUCUGAUUUAUAUUAUUGAAAUCUUCUCAACUGAUCACUAAUCUUAAGUCUUCUUCUGCCCAAUUGACCGAAUUCUUCCCUUUGAUGUGCCCGUUUCAUUUAAUGGUAGUAUUAGAUAACCAAGUAAAGAUGUGUAACUUUGAUAUACUACCAUAUAGAUACUUUUAUAUGUCAACCAACUAUAAGCUCUUCUUUAUAUGGUAGAUACUUUUAUAUAGUGUACUUUUAUACCAUAUAGGACUUGUAUCUUGGGAAUCUUAGAAAUGGAGUCUGGUUUUACAUCAUCAACUUGGUCCCUGACAGAUAUAAGUCUCUGAGGUUAGUGAAGUUUCCACGCUUCUCUGCAGAUUCACUCUCAAGUAUUGUAGGGAAAGAUUAAGAGACAUUGACCUUGCAUAGGUGUCACGUCAGGUUACAUAUAUACCUGUCAUGCUUAGCUACUAGGCUAUUCAUGGACAGAACAUUUGGUGAUGCCAAAUUUUAAAAAAUAGUCACUUUAUAUUCGAUAGACAAACUUGGCUGGGUGAUAAGCUAAAAGAAUAACAGGGUAAAGGUGGGCCUCCGUUAAAAUUGAAGUAUAACAUACUGCAUUUCUUUCUUCACUGUACUACUACAAAACAAACUUCUUUUAUCUGGUUUUGAAGACUGCAAAAUUGAAAUAUUUCUUACUGCAUUUCUUUCUUCAUUCUCACGUUGAUUGGGGCAUCUUCUUGACAGAGCAGGUGAACGGUUGAGCCCUUGGGUGGUAGUGGGAUGCUUGACCAUUCACAUUGUCAUAUCCGUUCACAUUGAUAGGUGCCUUUUUGUUUACUUUGAUAUUUAGGAGAUUGAUUAAUAAUACAUCAUUGCUCACUACAUCAUUGUUUGCCCUUUUGCCACUUGUAUGAUUAUUAUGAUACAUAUGUGUUUCUCUAAUUAUGUGUUUUUAAUAUUUUAGGUUUCCUGGAGUACCAGAAGAGAUCAAUCUUUGUCGAGAGAUGAAGUGUGUGAAGCUUGUGAUGCAUUGGUGAUACAAGUGUGUGAUAAUUUAUUGUAAACUACUACGUAUUAGUUUUUAUAAACUUUAAAAGAUGAGGAUUUCUAUUGUAUGCAUAAUGAACUUUGGUGAUGUAUACCUUAGUUCUUUUAGAAUUAUGGUUUCAGUUUGUGAUGUAAGAUGCUCUUGUUGUAAUUUGAAUGUUUCUUAUUUUAUAAAUAGCAUAUGUUUUGGUUUGAAACAUCAUGUUUGUA